AGGUCACCUGAGAGGGGUCCUUCUACCCGGAAUCGCAACGGGAACGCUUUUCUGCUUCAAAAGAGGCCGGUCAGUAUGGGUCGCUCCUCCAAAGACAAACGGGACAUUUACUACCGACUGGCCAAAGAGGAAGGCUGGAGAGCGAGGAGCGCCUUCAAGCUGCUGCAGCUCAACGACGAGUUCAACCUGUUCACCGGUGUGAACAGAGCUGUGGAUCUUUGUGCCGCUCCUGGCAGCUGGAGUCAAGUUCUGAGUCGGAAACUCAGAUGUCUCGGGGAUAAGCCUGAGAGCGGUGAAGAGGUGAAGAUUGUGGCGGUGGACCUGCAGGCCAUGGCUCCUCUUCCAGGAGUCAUUCAGAUUCAAGGAGACAUCACCAAGGUGUCGACGGCCGAGGAGAUCAUCCGCCACUUCGAGGGUCGCCCUGCAGACUUGGUGGUGUGCGACGGCGCUCCCGACGUAACGGGCCUCCAUGACGUGGACGAGUACAUUCAGGCUCAGCUGCUAUUGGCUGCGCUGAACAUCACCACUCACGUACUUAAACCAGGAGGAACUUUUGUGGCCAAGAUCUUCCGAGGCAAAGAUGUGACGCUGCUGUACUCGCAGCUCAAGAUCUUUUUCAGCGGCGUGACAUGCGCUAAGCCUCGUAGCAGCCGGAACUCCAGCAUUGAAGCAUUUGUGGUGUGUCAGAACUACCGUCCUCCAGAAGGUUACGUGCCCAACAUGUCCAACCCUCUGCUCGAUCACUCCUACGAUGUAGACUUUAACCAGUUAGAAGGUCCAAACCGCAUCAUCGUUCCUUUCCUGGCAUGCGGAGACCUGAGUGCCUUCGAUUCCGACAGAACCUACCCUCUGCAGCUGGACGCUGGCAAGGAGUACCAGUACACGCCCCCCACCCAGCCGCCCAUCAGCCCCCCUUACCAACAGGCCUGCCAGCUCCGCAAAAACAACCUUCUCUCCAAGGAGGAAUCUCCUUCUGCACCGGGACCGCAACAGAGCGGAGACCAAGCCCAGACUGACUGACCUAGCCCAGUUUUAUUAGAAUCUAUCUGACGAGAUUGUCUUUUAAAAUGUUUUUAUUCCAGCUAGCGGCAGUGAUUUGCAUGUCUGAUUCACACUUUUGAGGAUCAUGGUUCAAAUCCCGGCCUUCUUGUGUGGAGUUUUCAUGUUCUCCGCUGUGCUCUCGUGGCUUUGCUACAAAAAAAAUCUACGUUAGCUUUAUUGUCCAUAAUUCUUCUUAUUUGUCUCUAUGUGCCCUGAGCGUAUUGACUGGCGACUCGUCAAGGGUGUACCCAGACUUUCGCCCAAUAUUCAGCUGGGAAAAGUUCCAGCUCAUACGUGACUCUAAAGAGGAUAACUGCUAAAGAAAAUUUUUUGUUUUGUAUUCUUUAUUAAAAGCAUUUUAAGUUGUUUUAAAUGGAAAUAAACUACAUUUUUUUG